UGGCAUAGGCUAGCUACUCACUGGACGUGUGGUUUGUAGUCGAUCCGGCUGUUACCAGUACAUUACACUGAAAGAAAUCAGACUGCAUUACUCAUGGAAUCAUCUUCCAUUUUCCCCGUCUCGCAUCUCUCAUUUUUUCCGCCAAAAUCUGACGGACCCAGAGCUUCUCCUAUUCGGCCAUGGAAGCAAAGGACCCUUCGGACAACUCCGCUUCGCUGUCAGAAGAUGUAUGUUCCUGGAUUUGGCGAAGCAUCACCUGAAGCAAAGGCCGCAAAAAACCUUCACAGCUUCUUCAAUUACAUCGCCGUUAAGAUUGUUCUUGCGCAGCUCGAGAGCUAUAACCCUGAGGCGUAUGAAGAAUUAACGGAAUUCAUAAGUAGAAACUCAUUGAAUGAUGGGGACAUGUUUUGUGCAAAUCUGAUGCGGGAAUCUUCAAGGCAUAAAGGUCUAGCUCUUCGCAUUUUAGAGGUUCGGUCUGCAUAUUGCAAAAAUGAUUUUGAGUGGGACAACUUGAAACGACUAGCAUUUAAGAUGGUUGAAGAUUCCAACACCAGACUCAUGAGGGAUUACGUUUUAGAAACAAGUCAUGUGGAAAAUGAGAAGUAACAUAUGGGUUCUCUAUUUUCUAUACAUACAGUAUGACAAAUAUCAUGGUACAUAUAUAACCAGUAUGGCAAAUAUAUCAUUGUAUCCUUUUGUGGAGAUUGGAGAUUCCAACACCCAUGUUAUGGACGUGGGACUGAAUUACAGAGCCCAAGAAAUUGUUAAUCAAGAGAUGAAAAGCGUCCUUAGCAGAAGACUAGUCGUCAAAUAGAAGUGCAGAUGCAUGUGGGACUGAGCUGCAAAUGCCCAACAAAUUGGAGAACAAUCCCCAAGUGAAGUCAACCUCUUGUAGUUAUACCUCAGCCGAAGUUCUGUUUGAAAUUUGAAUAGCUAUAAGAGAGAAUUUCAGGUCCGUUUGAGAGCGCCUCAGAUGAAGCUUUUGGUUUCAUGAAAGUUGUUAUAUUGUUGCUUAUAGCCCAUCUGUUGGUUAUUAUUUUGGAGUUUUGUAUGAACUGAAGUUAGAUGGUAAAGGUACAUUUUGGUUGGUUUUA